CAACGAGUGGCAGUAUUCUGCAGUCGUCGCUGGGCAUGUCUGGGUUGCGUCGUGCCUUGCAUGUUCCCUCAAUUGUUGCGUGUCUUUGCUUGCAAGCUAGGAUGCAUUGCAAGCGACAACCAUGGCUUCGAUGGACCCCCCUUCGCCGCACGUGAUGGUGAGCUCGGAUGAUGACGACGACGAGAGCCUUGCUGCUCUGCCCUGUAUCAACGAUCAAGAGGUGGGACAGGAACAACUGCCAAAGCCGGCGAUUAUUGAGAGCAUUGGCGCUGACCCUGACGGCGAACUGUGGGCAUCCUCGGCUGAUGAAAAGGAGGGCGAAGAGGUCGAGGGAGAGCCAGGUCCCAUGCCUCGGCAGCAUCAAUCCGAUCCACGAGAAACAGAGGAUCCGCCUGUAGCCACCGACGAUGAUGAGUGCGAAUCAGGAGCAAAGGCAGAACCAGAAGAGCUCUUCCACGACAAAAACGACACGUCUUUUGCGGGUCCACCAUACGACGAUGUCGAUGGAAGUGGUGACCGCUCAGAGGACACAGACACACCACAAGAUCCGUCGGUUGAUCCAGAAACAAUAACAGCCCAUUCUUCGGAUGCCCCAGGGCUCAAAAUCACCACCAAAGACAAGGAAGCACCAGGAUCUGUCAUCAUCAGAUCGACAGCCGACACAGAAGGCCCCACUGCUCGGUUGGAUUUACAGUCUUCACCCCAGGAUGCGCCUCCUGAUGCGGAUGCAGCAGAGACAGACUCAGUUCACGCCAAUGAAGAUGAUUCUGAUUCUGAUUCUGUGCCAUGCUUGGACAAUGACAAUGGCAGCAACGUACCUCUAGAGGAUGACGGUGAAUACUACGAACAGGUGGCUGAUGAUGAUGAUGAUGAUGAGCACCUGUAUCCCACCACUUUGCUGGAUGCACCCGGGCAUGAAACUACCACCAACAGGGAUGCUUCCGGCUAUGUCAUUGUGUGCGCGAGACCCACCAUUGAUGUUGACAUUGUCCUAAUGUCGUCUGGAGAACACCAUCUUGUCACCAAUGUAGACUUGGAUUCCACCACCAUUGGAAGCUUGAAGGAACGCAUCCAAAAUGAGUUAUUUGCGCAACACCACCACAAGAAUAAGAAAAAGAAGGAGCAGCUACCAAUGAUUCACCUCUACCACUUGGACGAAGCUUCCCGGUUUAUUCAAUUACGGCAAUCAUCAUUGUCACUCCAACAACAACAACAACAACAAGAAUGCGACGACGCCCAAUUUACCGAAUACAACGACGACACCAUGGCUCUCAAUCAAAUCUUUCACUUUUAUCGCCAAGACAUUCGCACCACGCCCCGCGUCUAUCUGGCCACCAGUCUCCACAUUUACGUGGGAGUGAUUGGGAAACCACGCUCAUCUUCUACACCACACUCCAACAACAUUCCUGCUGCAAAUGUGGACCCGAGGUUUCCUCUGGUUGGAACAGAACUGAGCAUUCUCAUGCCUGAAUCGACCACCAUGAAGGUUGCCACCAUCCAACAAAAGAUUCUCCAAAAGGCCAAUCUUAUUCCAGAGGAAUCGUUUCGCCAUCGAACCCACUUGGUUUGGUUAGGAAAGAAUGUAGGCGAACAGCGAGAAUCGAUUUCGUGGGAAGAUUUGCAACAUCAAGAUCUGGAGACACUCAAGAAUACGUUGUGCUGCGAUGGACCAUUGUUGAAUGUUUGGUUCGAUCGUUGGACCAUUCAGAUUCAAAAGAUUUCCACUGCGGACCAUUGCAAUAUCAAUGUUCCACAAGUGCUGGUGGAUCCAACCGAUACUGUAUCCGACUUGAAAGAAAAGGUUCGCAAACAAGGAGGAAUCUCGUCCACCGCCGAUCUCAGGGAUGCGUUUCUCGCGUUUGGUGGUCGUCGGUGGAACUAUUAUAACAACAACAACAACAACAAUCGAGGCAAUGGAAGCGACAUCAGUGAAAGUGACAGUGAUGACGACGAGGAGGAGGAGGAGCCAGCUGAUGAAGAUCUGGCCACGAUUGGCAUGACCGAUGGAUGCACCGUAUAUCUGGGCCAUGACCGAUACAAUCAGGUCCUCCGUGAGGACCAGACAAUCAACCGCAUCCCCGAACCAGAAUUCCGAGGCAUCACGUUGGUCCAAUUGAGAAAAAUCGCCACGGCCAUUGUCCUUCGGUGUCAAUCCGAGGGCUGGAGGCGAAUCAACAAUCACGACGACGAUACCAGCAAAGGCAAGCUGCUUGCCCCAGAAGAGGUUACCUUCCAAGAUCUAAAUCAUUAUUUCGUUCUCCCCGUGACGAAGCAGCACAACUGCAGUUACGUGGAGCUUGUGACGACGCGGAUUGAGGAAACAAGGCCAGACAUUUUCUGUUGUCAUUGGAUGGGUGGGAGCGUGUUGGAUUGUCUGGCAUCUUUGGAACAGCAUACAUACGAUCGGAACUUCUCUCCGUAUUCCCGAUACUGGAUCGACGUCUUUGCUAUCGGCCCUCGCGACAACGACAACAACAGGAUCAGUACUAUUUAUCGAGCCGUGCAUCAGUCACAGAGAGGAUCAAUCGUGGUCCUGGACAACGAUUUGGCUUGCUUUCGCCAAAUCUGGAACGUUUUUGCAACGCAUGUGGCUUUUGCCGAAAUGAAAGUCAAGCGAACGACAAACGAUGACGGCGAAUACUUCUAUGAUGUCUACGCGGUUGCGCAAGACUCCAAAGGAGUUCGUUGCGCUGUUGGCAUGACCGACGGGCUGGUGGCGGCAGACAAAUACAAGAAGGAUGCCAAAGGCAAACUGAAUACGAAUAGACCGCUGGAAGGUCAUCAAUCCACAUUGGCAAAAUCUCGGAGGCUGUCCACGUUCCCGCUGCAGUUGUGCGAAAAGGCUCUCGGCUUGCACUUGGAGCGCGCGGAAGCAACAACAUCGAGUGACAAGAAGAGAGUGUUGAACGCGAUCAUUGCUGGACCCGUGGUGAGACCAACAGCAGAUUUCUUUUUGACAGAAUCGCUCUUUUCUGGCGCCGAAGAACCCGCAGUUCCUCCAGAGUCUCACGACGCAUACGACAAAUUGAACGCGCGGGUCAGAACAUUGUUCGCUGAAUCUGCUUAUCGCUGGGCUCUGGAGCAAGAAGACCAAAAGAUGGAGCAGUACCGUUGCGCCCUGUCUUGUGCACCAACCCGCCGAUUGGCAACGUCCUUCUCGGGGUGCGUUCAGUUCCGAAAAGAAACCGAGCUGUUCCUACAAUCCCUACCGGAUGCAUUGCAAAGUUUGGAUCUGGACUUGACAGGCAUCAAAUUCAAAUCCUCCGACGAAUUUGCAAUGGGCCUUGGCCGCCUCCAAAGUUUGAACCAUGUGGGCCUCAAGGUUGGUUCGUCCCGGACCAGUACUGGUGGCUUGAUUGCAAAGUACGGAUUCGCCGAUGGUUUGGUAUCGCUUGAGAGGCUGGGUUUGGAACUGUCGUCGCUGCCCGAGCUGUCGUCCUUGGAAUUAAGUUUCACGGAAUGCGUCGAGUCUCCUGCGCUGGUGGACACGUUGGCGGCCGGUCUUGCGGCGAGCGAGGGCUCGCUCUCGAAACUCUUGACCUUCAAGCUGCUGGUUUCAUCUGUCUUUACCGUAUCAUCGCUCGAGAGCCUUGAUGGAAUCAACGACGUGCUAAAAUGCAUGCCUGCCUUGGAGGAGCUUUUCUUGGAUCUGACCGAUAACAGGGAGCUUUUGUCAUUGACUGCCCAUGAAGCAUCUUGGGCGAGGUUGCCACGGUUGCGUGUGUUUGACUUGCAGUUCCUUGGCUGUCCCGUAUCCCCACCUCUUGACACGCUGGUCCGCGGGUUGAGGUCGUCUCCCGAGCUGGCGACUUUGCGGCUGAAUCUCGGUGUGGACCUGGGGUCUGCCAUGGGCGCAACACCGCCCAAAUCCAUCAAAAUCAGUGGCCUCGGCGAGUCCAUCGCCCAGAUGACGGCGUUGACCGAACUAGAUUUGAAUUUCGAGGGCAUCAUGUUGGCUGACGUCCAGGAAGACUUUCUUCGCCCGCUGGAUUCCGUGUCCUUUCCUCGCUUGCGAACUCUACGUCUCGUUGUUGCCUAUCAUCAGACAUUCGAGGGAAUCCGCUUCAUCAAGGGCAAAAAACUGCCGCUUUUGAAACGGCUGGAACUGAGCCUCUUUGAGCGUGGGCUUUGGCUCGAUGGCGGGUGCAGUGGCGACCAGCAACCAAUUCAGUUGUCCCUGACGGAACUUUCCGAGGGCUUCAUGUCAAUGGCCAAGUUUCGGCAAUUCGACACCCUCAUUGUUCGAUCACAGGCAGCGCGUCCUUAUUCCAGGGAAUCCUGGGAUGGUGUCAAGCAGUUGGCCAAGGCGAUUGUGACUAAGCAGUUUGUGGUUGGGACUCUGGAAUUCAAUGUUCACAGCGACCACUGGCGUUCCCCGAACGUCCACAAGACUACGAUACCAGGCCUACGGCCCGUAAUGCGCCUGCACAUUCCACCUCUCGAGUUGCCCCGAGGACGUGCGUUGUGCGGUAGUAUGGAUACACCAAUUAAUUAAUCAAUCAAUCUUUCUAGUUUCCAAGGCAAACCCCUGUGU